UGGAACAUUACUGCAAAAGCGGAGAUUCGGAGGCUACCACUAGAAGCUCCUGUGUAGGACUGGCGAGAAGCCCUUUUUGGAGACCAUGGUCAAGGGAACAGCAUAGGCCUAUGCGAAAGAAGGGACCGUUUUCAAUGGACAGCAAGAUGCUUUCUAAAUUCAACAAGAAACCCAGCGGACUCGUCCAUCCUGUUAAGUUGUUCUGGCCAAAGUCACGUUGCUUCGACUAUCUGUAUCAGGAUGCCGAGGCGCUGCUGCGUAACUACCCCGUCCAGGCCACCAUCUGCCCUUACGCAGACUCCAGUGACGAGGACGAGCCAGAUGACACAGACGAGGAGGACGACAAGGAAGCGAACUGAUGAUAAAGGAUCAGCAUAUGAUCAUAACGUGAUCAUACACUGACCACAACUGCAGAAUGCAACGCAGAUUGCAGAGCUACUAUAUUUAUUUUUCUAAUUUAUUUCUCUGUACAAAGUGUAUAUAGGAAUCGCCAUAUUGAAAGGUGGCCACAUUUCGUUUAAU